AAAGCAUGUAGAAAAUCUUGUCGUAAAGUUCAAUUAGCAAAUAUUUUACUGUAGAUUUCGUUGAUUUUCACCAAAAAAGACAUAUCCAUUGUUUGAAACUUCUUAUUCAGCUUGAAAAUUGUCUCAAUCAAAUGAAAAUAAAGGAUUGCUUUCUAGUUGUAACACUCAGGUUAAUGAUAUAUGCACAUGCACUUGCUAGUAAACCCCCAAAUGUCAAGUUGAAAAUUGAUGAAGAAUCACCUCUACACACAACCCUUGGAAACAUUUCCUCUUAUCUAUUUCCAAAGUCAAAAAUUACAUCUGAUUCAAUAUUUUUUACAGUAACACAAAAUGGAUUGAUACAGCUGACAAGGAGACUUGACUUGGAAUCCUUAUGCCUGGAACAGUCAUCAUGCUGUGAACGUGGUAAACCGUGUGAAUUGACUUCUAGUGUAGUUAUCGAAGGUGGUAAUUCAGAAGAACUUGAACUCGUUGAAUUAAAUGUACUAGUCCAGGAUAUAAACGACCAUGCACCACAAUUUAUUUCUGGAACAAGUCAGAUUGUGAAAAUUUCUGAAUUGGCUGAAGUUGGAUCUGCGCUUAACCUCAUACCAGCAUCAGAUGCAGAUCUAUCUCUUGAAAAUCAAAUACAAAGAUAUGCCAUCCAUGGAGUUGAACUACAGAAAACUUUUGUUUUGGACACAUCCGAUUUACCGAAUGUUCGCCUACGUUUAUUUCAACCGCUGGAUUAUGAGACAACUACAAACUACAGCGGUAUCAUUGAAGCAUGUGAUCGACGACAGUGUGCCCAACAAAACUUAACAAUACUUGUUAUUGAUGCCAAUGAUAAUAAACCCAUAUUUGUUCAGCGUUCAUAUGAAGUGACAAUUCCAGAGAACUUCAGUGUCGGCCAAACAGUCCUAGUACUCAAUGCAAUUGAUAAAGAUUCUGAGCUAAAUGCUCGAAUGGAUUUCCGAAUACAAGGUGAUGUAGAUGUAAAUUUGAAAAAAACAUUUCGGUUGGAUAGUCAUUCAGGUCAUUUAAUACUUCAGUCACGUCUGGCAGCGCAUCAGCGUUCUGAAUACCGUUUCGCGGUCACAGUUAGCGAGGUUCUAAGCAGUCAGGGUCAACCCCUCGACUCUUCGUCCUCCAGAAUACCUGUCACGUCAACAGACUCAGCAAGUGUUGUAAUUACUGUUCAGGAUUUAAAUGAUUUUAGUCCGUCGAUACGAAUGAUUUCGCCCAUGGAAGGUCAACCAUUAUCUGUACGUGAGAAUGCUGCCCAUUCACGUGUUUGUGUGCUACAGGUUACAGAUAAUGAUCUACAUGACAACGGUCGAGUCCACUGUCGUCUUAUAAACAGUGCAGUGGAAUCUCCUGAUGCGGGUAGUUCUGUUCAUUCAAACAGUACAGAUUCAUUUGAACUUACACAGACCGGCAGUCAUUACACUCUGCUUACUUCACGACCGUUUGAUGCUGAAUUAGAACCACAAAUAACGGUUACAAUUGGAUGCACAGACUAUGGAGCACCACCACGUUCAUCUACUCGUGAUCUUGUUAUACACGUUGAAGAUAUUAACGAGUAUCCACCUGAGUUGGAACGAAUUAACUAUCAUGCUAGUAUAAUGGAGAAUGCUAAAGCUGGGGUAGAAGUGAUACAAGGUUAUUGACUUAUUAAUACUCCAGACUCAAUUGAUCACUUGAUUUGGUAAUCAGUAAAUAAAUAAGUGAUAUCUCAACUGUUUUAAAGUUAAUUUUUACUUUUUAUAAGAAUUCUCAUUUUUUAGGGAUAUUUGAGUGUAAUUGGUUGUAAUGCAUCCCAUAAAUCGGAAUCAAAGCUGGAGAUGUUGAGAUAAAUGACAAUAUUAAUUGUGUCAGAAAGUAACAGUAAUUUUGACCUCUUGUCAACAAAAAUCUGAAAACUGUAUUCUUUUCUUGGGGAAAUUAAUCUAGUUUAUAUCCAUGAGAAAGCUUACUGACCUCCUAACUAAAUUAUUCACUCGUAAAUGAACUUAUAAAAACCAAAUAAUGUCAUCAUCAUAAUAUCAUCAUUAAAAAAAUAUCAUAGAUUUAUUCACUCAGUUUUUC